AUGUCCCUCAUGUCUAACCGUCCCUCGUCGCGCAGAUCCCGCGGCCCGGCCCCCAAGAUAGUCGUCAAGAAGGAGCCCUCCUCGCCAGACAUGCCCACCACCACCCGACACCGACCCCAGCGUCUCAACCUCUCCAACCACAACAUUGUCCACUCGUCCGGUGCCCUUACAGCUCGCCCUUCUGGUCAGCCCUCUGCAAACCUGCUCGAUGUAGGCCUUGCUUGCCUGUCACCUGGCUUCCACACUCAGGACCCCACCAUGCGCGAGCAACUCCAACGCAGUCUCGAUGUAAGAGAGCGCCAGAGACAGAUUAUCGAGGCUCGCCAGAAGCACGGCAAGGGCGGCCCAUCAGACGCAGACGAGCCCCGUCCAGGCACAGAGAUUGGUGCUUUCGGCCGCACAAUAAAGACUCCCCAGACCUCACGCCGAAAGGGCCCUCCUCCAGCCCUCUCUAUUGCGCCCCCUUCACACCAGUCGUUUGCAAACGACCGUGUCAUCCAGUCGGCGCCCCUCAAUCAAACUUUUACUGGCCUGCGCAGCAACGUACCCUCAUCAAGGCACACCAACGCGCCAUCAAACCUGUCACAGUCCUCGCACAUUCACCAUGUCCCGGCCCAGCAGACCAGCAACCGGUUACCACCCAUCUCGGACGUCUUUCCUGAGCCUCUUGGAACGGCACGCAACGCCUAUCACAACGGCAGCCCUGGACACUCUUCGCACUCCAACGUACAGCCCCCGAUGCAAUCACCAAGCUUCCCACCCCCACAGUUCACUCAGCCCCCGCCAACAUCAAGGCCCCGCGAGUACAAGUCUGCUGAGGAGGCAGUCCAGCAAAUGUCAGGUGGCCGAGAAGAUCUGCUCCCCCGAUUGGUCCAUUACGGUGGCCACCAGCCCCCAACGCCCCCAUCGCCAAUGCCCAAUAAGAACGCUUCAUCAACACACCUUGUCCGCCCAGAGUCGCAGCGCAGCACUAGCUCUCGGAGACGUGGCCGCGACGAGUAUGAGCAAGACAAUGGCACCCCUCCACUCGGCCGCCAACAGCCUCGUCUGGGCCCAUUCGGCGCUGGCCGCGACUCGCCAGAGACGCAGCUUAGAAAGAAGGAGGAAUUCAUUGGCCUUUGCGCAAGAGCCUGGGAUCUAUUCCACUCGUAA